AUGAACAACCCCUACACCCCCCGCGGCUACGACCUCCCCGCCCACCACCAGGCCGCCUAUCCUCCAGAACCACCACACUCGCCCUUUGGCUAUCCCGCCCUCUCCCAGCCCCAGUCCUUCGCCUCCCACUAUUCGCCCCUACACCCCGACCAGCACCCGCCAUACCGGCGGCAGACGCUGCCCCAGUCGUCCCCUGAUACCUACUCCUCUGCACCACCACCCGCAGCAGGCGAUCGAUGGAACUGGGACCAGCCCCGGACAGUGCCAGUACCAGACUCGUACAGCUCGUACCCCCUCGGCCCGCCUAUCGUGCACCAGCGCAGCCCGUUGCCGCACCACCACGCCUCUGCCUCGUACGACCACCCUCCGGGGCCUUCGGGCGAUAUGGCGGGCGACUUGGAUCAUGACUCGUAUCAAUACAACGACUUGCUGCCGCCUCACCAUCAAAUACGACCACAGGGGUAUACAAAAUCUAGCGAAGAGGAGGAGCCGCCGCAGCAGCACGACAAGGCGGCCGUGGGGAAAAAGAAGAAGGGGAGCAAAAAGACGGAAGGCAAGCAGCCGACUUUUCUGACAAAGCUCUACUCACUUUUGGGCGAUGAAGCGACAAGCCAUAUUAUUCGCUGGGACGAGUCGGGCGAGAAUAUCAUUAUCGAAAACCCGGAAGAGCUUGCCGACAAGAUUCUGCCUGUGGUCUACCGCCAGAGCAGGUUUGCGAGUUUCAGCCGGCAGCUCAAUAUUUAUGGGUUCAACAGAAAGUUGAGUUUACGCAACGUUGAAAGAGGAAUCUGUGACCCCGAUGCCAGUACAUGGUCCCAUACCAGCCUCACACGAGACUCUUCCCCGCAGGAAAUCCUCCAGUUCAAACGCCGCGUCCCGCCACGCCCUUCUCAAUCUGCCAAACGCAGCCUCCUUGCGCAGAUCGGGCCUACCCCUGCAGCAUCUGGCACAGGCUACCACCCCAUCCUUCCCGGAUCCAACUACAACUCGUCCUACGCCAACAUGGAAAAUUACCCAGCCUUUCCGGGCUCUGGGGAUGACGGCGCGAGUCCUACAAGCUCGGAGAGCAUGUCUGGAGGAGGUGAGGCCAAAGAAUGGCGCAGUCCACCGGACGCCUACCAGAUCAACCUCUUGCCCGACGUUGCCGAGGAACCUCCCUCUGCCAUCUACCCUAGCAAGGAAUAUCUUGGUUUCGCUACGCAAGCGGGGUACGGCAGCAUCCCGAGGGCUUAUGACGGUUGGAAAUCUGGCCAUGCGCAAGGGCUUGGAGAAGAUGUGGUCGGUUCUGGGGUCAACUUUGAUUACGGCACCCCUGAAAGGGAUCUUUUCUACCAAGGCAUCCCUCAACAUCUCUCGGAUAGCCCCAAGCGUGUGGGUAUCGACAUUCCCCGCGUUCAUCCUUCUCUGCCCCUGCCUCGUCAGCCACUCCAAGCGCACUACCCCUCCCACUCGCUCUCCAGUGCGCCUGCCGACAAGUCUCCCACAAGCCUCGUACCGCAAAGCGCCCCAGCAAACUCGGGCGGGUUCUCAUUCCCAAUCAAGGUGCAGCAGCAGCAUGUGCGUACGCGGAGCGUCCAGGGGGAACCGCCGAGUGCCAUGUUAUUUUCGCCCAUGGCAGACGGGACAUGGGGAGAUGUGCCCGAGCCCGCUCAACAGCAGAUGCAAGGACAGAUGAACCCGCCGCCUUCUGCCCCGACCGCGGGACAAUUCGACCCUCUGGACCCAGCAGCCUGGGUGCGCAGGGGGAUGGUAGACAUUUCCGCGGCGGCGGGGUCGGGCACGCCUGUUCCAUUCGACUCUGGGACUUCGUCGAGGAUGGGUAGCUCGCCGGCUUCGUUGCCAAACAAUAUUGGCGGGUUUGCACCGAGAUCCAUCGGGCACCAGCACUUUGCAUCUGGCGGGAGUAUACCUGGUAUGGGCGUGCUGGGAGGACAGUCCCUUGGGGCGUUGAGCGAGAAUUCACCAUCUACCGUGUCGCCCCGAGCAUGGAAGUCGAUGACUGGAGGAGCAUUCUCGCUCCCUUCCGCCUCCCCUCUGCAAUCCCAGCUCAACCUGCCCCCGGUGACUUCCAACGUCACCGGGCCUACAAAUGAAUCGCCCCGCCCUCCCUCUGCCAUCACUCCCGCCCAGCAAGCCCGCCAAGAACGGCGCGCUUCCAUUCCUUCUUCGCCGUACAUCUCGCAGUCUCCAAGGCAGAGGCCGAUGUUGUUGCCGGGGGCUGGGUCGUGGACCGGGGCGAGCCUCAGCCCGCUGAGGACGAUCGGCUCAGAGAGGGGGAGGAGGGGGAGCGGCGUCGCUGUACCGGAAAGUGUCGAGAGUAUGAGUCAAGGCUCUGUGUCGGGCGAUGAGGCGAGCUCGAGCGGGUCGUCACGGUAG